CAUCCUCAGUUCUGCCUUCCUGUUGACUCAGGCCCAGUCACCUACAACCGAUUACAACAUCUCAAUCUUCAUGAACCCACCAGAGGCAUUAGAAGGGCAGGAAAUCAAUUUGACACUAAAACAUGCCUCAGUCACGUUCUUUGUCUGCAACUGGUACCGAGAGACAGAGAAUAAAGAAAACUUGAUAGUCACUGUUUAUCUACCUCCAUUAGAUGGAAACACACUUGGACCCGCCUACACUAAGCGUGAAACUCCAGGCUUUGGCUGCUCUCUACUCAUUGCAAACUUACAUCCGAACGACUCUGGAAACUACAUAGUGACAAAGAGUGGACCUUCAGUGUCUGGGAGAGGGCUCAUAAACAUACAGGUCUUAGAGGCCAUCAAAAAUAUCACCAUCAGUCACCCUGCCAAGAUUUUCGAGACUAACACUACACAUCUCAACUGCACAGCCUCAGGCUCUGAUGUUUCCUAUUAUUGGCUUAAGGGGAACCAGAGCCUGGAGGUUGCAGACCAUAUUUUUUUAAGCAGCAAUGGUCAGAACCUUACCUUGAAGCCAACAAAACGGCAAGACUCGAACCGCUACACUUGCUUUGGAAAUAACAGCUUCUCUAGCAACUUCACCAGCUACACUCUGAAUGUCCUCUAUGGGCCUGAUGCUCCUGUAAUCAGCCCCAGUGUGCAGUUUUAUGCAGAAAGCUCCAAUCUCACGCUCUCCUGCCAAGCUGACUCCAACCCAGCUGCAAACUAUACAUGGUAUUUCAAGAGUUCUACAUAUCCAGGGAAGACCUUCCAGAUUUUUAAUUUAUCUUCUGUCCACAAUGGGAGCUACAAAUGUGAGGCCUACAACAACGAGACAAAACUCUCCAGCUCUAAAAUCCAGCCUGUCUGUGUACUGGAAACACUCUCAGACCCUGUCCUGUGGUCUUCGGCAUCUCUUGUGUCCAAGGAGGAAAAUGUCACACUUCACUGUAGAACCUCCAAUAGUUCCAAAGUCACCGUCACCUGGUCCAAGGAUGGUGCUCCUGUCCCAGUUAAGGCAGAGUUUUCCGAUCAGAAUCGAACCCUCAUUCUGCCUAAAUUCGCCCAAGAUUAUGCAGGGACCUACACUUGUACAGCCCGCAACCCUGUCAGCAACGCCACAAGCAACCCCACAAAAAUUGCAAUGGCAUACGGGCCCAUGGCUGCUAAGCUGAACCAGUCAGAAGCCAUAGUCCAACCACUGGGUUCUGCCUUGGUUCUGCUCUGUACUGCGGACUCCAUGCCUCCAGCCGAGUUUAGGUGGUUCUUCAAUAACACAGCUAAGAAUGAGAUGGAGGACACUCUCCGUGUUGACUUGUUGGCCUGGGACGAUGAAGGGAAUUACACAUGCCAGGCUAGAAAUUCCUUCACCGGCCACACUGCUUCAGCCUCUGUCUAUGUGAAACUGACAGGAGAGAGUUCAGAACCACCUGGUCUCUCUGUUGGAGCCAUUGUUGGGAUUGUCAUCGGUUCUGUGGCUGGAGCUGUGCUUUGUGUAGGCGUUGUGUACUUUCUGUUCACCAAGGCUUCCUGUUGGAGGACGGAACAGCACGCAUCCAAUGGAAACAUACCCUCAGCGCCCGGCCACAACCAGGCCACCGACACCAAGUCCAAACCGGGUGAAGAAGACAUACAAUAUUCAACAUUAGCUUUCAGCACCAAUAACGCUUCUCAACCAACCUCAGGACUCUCCCGGCCUUUGGACAGUGGUACCAUUUAUUCUGAAAUCAAGAAAAAGUGAUCGUGGAUCAAUCCCUUUCUGGGGGUUCUCUAGCACAGGAGCCCCCUCUGCUUCAUCUCUCACCUCCCUUGUCGGACUCUGGUGGGGAGCUUAUGUGGGGAAGAAGGAGGAUAAAACUAUCUGCUCUGAAAAGGAGGGGGGGAGAAACCCCUUCCCACGUGAUCGAUUACUGUCCAGAUGCCACCCAACCUCUCAAGUUGGAAGCAAAACAGCAACAGUGAAGGUUUCUCUCCAUGCCUGAUGUAAUAGCAGGAUUGGCAACGCAAUGGAGUGUGACGAGGGCCAACAUUCAUUUCAUCAUGUUAUGACUUCUGUGUGUGCAGCGGGGAGGCUGUUUCAUCCACUGAACUGGGUGGGAGCCACAAGCAAGAAGUUGCAUUUUCUUCCUCUUCCUUCCUUCUCUCCCAUUCCCAUCCUUGCUGUAAUUGCUGAGUGUGCCAAACGAUUCUUCUUUUGUUUUGCAACUUGGGCUUGGUGUUGCCGGCCAGCUGUGGCUCCUAUUCUCAUGGGGCUUCCAGGCCACGUGAAGAAAGGUCUCAUUUACUUGGGAAAGCAUACGACCUGCCAUUGGUAUUCGCUGUUUUUCAGAACACAGAGGAACCGAUUUCCCCCGGUCAGAUCUCUGCAGUGUCUAGAUACUCUUUCCUGCUCAAAUGUCCCUUUGCAUUUCGGAUCUGAAGCCUUGGGCCUCUGUUACUCAAGGUUGUGGUGGGAAGCGGUGAUGGCAAAGGGCAUUUUCACCUUGAUUUUCCUUCUGGAACCGUUCCGUGUUUUCUCCAGAUUUGCCACACGAGUCAGCCGUCAGUCAGAAGAGAGAAAGGAGGAACCAUCAGGAGCCAGUGAAAUGAGCAAGGUCAAACAGUGAGGCCUUGAAACAGCUGUUUGAGGAAUGAAGAUCUCCCGGUUUUUCCUGCAAACUGGCAUUUGCUGGGCAGGUUGGAAAGAAGACCACCAGAGAGAGAUUUACAGUCACGCCAGCGAGGCUUUCAGUAACUCCGAGAAGGAGAUGAAAAUGUCAUCUGCUUUAUUGACAACUCCAGAGCUUGGGGUGGGCUUUUUUUUGAAAAAGCCCCGCUCAGCUUUGAAGUCCAUCUCUUUGGGCAGGUCCUAGUUCUCCAGAUGGACUUCUUCCCGCUUGUAGGACUGUUGAGAUAUGGCAUUGAGCUACAGCGGGAGGAGGCUUUUAAAUUAAUUGCUGGUAUAGAAUAACUGUAAAUACAGGACCCAAAUGCUAGAUGAAUUCCCCCGCCGCAGAAAAAUGCUUCAGCUGGGCAGGAAAGAAGUGCCCUGAAAGCACCCAAGCGUGCAGAGGGAGGGUGCUUGGCAAAGAGUGUCUCUUCGCUUUGAAAAACAGCAACCGUCUUACAGCCGCCCAGCUGCCUGCUUCAGCUCAGUGGUGUUCGAAUGAGCCGUCUGCCUUGCGUCCCAAUGCAGGCCCCUUAAAGUCUGUGGCAGGAGAGGAGAAAAAUCUCUUUUUAAAAACCACUACCUGCUGUUAAGAUGGCAAGUUCAGGGUCUCCCCUCCCUCCCCCUCCCUUUCUCUUUCCUUUGGCCAAGGAACUCAGCCUGUCCCCGCGUGAUGCGUGUGGUGUGAUAGCAUCUCAUGCACCCUGGGCCUCCCUAAUUGUUGGCUGGGGCUGGAAGACAGCCCGCGAUCACACGAAGCUUUGGGGCAAGAGGACAAUGGCACAGUGUUUGGAAUAAGGACGUUGCCCUUACGGUCCCCGUCCCCAAGCUAACCCAUGUGUCAUCUUAUCUAGAAGGGUUUUCUGGAAAUAGCAGAACAUAUGAAGGAACUCCACCAAGAAACCUUGUGUUACUGUUGUAUUUGGCUGGCAGGUUGUUUAACAGUGGCUUUGAGCUGUUUUUCGAUCGAUGUGUCUGGAUGUGUUUUUUAAUUUAAAUUAAAAAAUAGAAUGGA